AUGGCAACAAUCAAGGGGAUGGAGACUCUCAAUCCCCCUCCGUCUUCGCAAAACUGCGUUCGCGUGCGCAUGGUAGACACUACAUCGGUCAUGUCUUUGCAUGCCGAGGGAUUUGUGUACCCAGUCAUGCCCGGCCACGAAAUUAUGAGCGUGACGACCAUGGCAUUUUUGAUCGAGAACGAGCGAUUGGGUAAGAAAGCCAUGUUUGAUCUAGGCACGCGCAAAGAUUACUGGAACUCACCUCCCAUGACAUUACGACGAAUUGAAGAUGCUAUUCCCGGUGUUCGUAUCGAGAAAGACGUGACGGAGAUUCUGCAAGAAAAGGGCAUGGCAUUGGGCGAGAUUAAUGAUAUUAUUUGGUCGCACAGUCACUGGGAUCACAUGGGGAGUCCUAAUCUAUUUCCUCAUUCUACGAAUCUUUGCUACGGAAAAGGAACUGGCGUCUUCCCCGCCUAUCCUGAAAGUCCCAAUUCCAACCUCAAUGCCGCCGAUUUCGUUGGCCGCAACUGCAUUGAAAUAGAAGGCAAGGAUUUACAAAUCGGUCCCUUCCCGGCGCACGACUUUUACGGAGACGGUUCCCUCUACUUACUUGAUACCCCAGGCCACUGGCCCGGACAUCUUUGCGCAUUAGCUCGUACCACUCCGACCACGUUCCUCUUCCUCGGCGGCGACAUCUGUCACUUUUCAGGUGACUUCCGACCAAGUGAAUGGAUUCCAUUCCCGGAAACGAUUCCAGAAGACGCGUUCCGCGGCCGCGCUGGAAAAUACCCCAUGCCCUGCCCGUGCGCAUUCUUCAGCGAUCAUCACCCCCAACUACAUAACGACGAGGUCGAUUCAUCUACAGUAAAGAACAACGAAGAACCGUUCUACCACCUUUCGACUCACAAACAUUCAUCAUAUAAAGACCCGGCACUGGCAAAAGUCACAACUGCCAAAAUGCAACAGUACUUCGAUUCGGACCCCAAUGUCCUGGUUUGUUUGGCGCAUGAUACGGCAUUGGUUGACCUUUUGCCAGUAUUUAACAACGAGCCUGAAAAGGAUUUGAACAACUGGCAAGAACUCGGAAUGAAGGAAAAGUGUCAUUGGGGUUGGCUCGGGGAGCUACCUCGUUAUGAUAAGGAUGGCAAAGUUAUUGGUCAGGGAUAUAGAGAGAUUCCAAUUGUGGAAGGAUUGUGGAAGGAAGGUCGUCGGAUAACAUCAUUCAACGAAUAG